UGAAUAUACCUUAAUACCUCCCCCGCCACAGACAGCCCAAUCAGUCGAUACAGGAGGCGGCCUUAUGCAGUUUGUUCGGAGACAGGCAUUUAGUUGAGCACCGAUAUAAUGAUAGCCUGCAAACGACCUUUGGUUUACUUUAGCUAGUUAACAUUAACUUUGUACUUACUAACUCCUCACAAUUGUUCCUGCAGUGGCAAACGAUUGAAUGAUAAACAAUUAAAGGUUUGAGAAUGAUUACAUUUGCAUCUGGAAGACGCAUAAUUCCUGGGUUUCCAGUUUGGAGAUGUCUUCGGCAGACAAUCGGAGCGCCACAUAUCAGAACCAAAGCUCAGCUGCCGUUUCACUCCAGAGUCUCCUCCGAGUUAACGCCAUCCAGACUAACUCCCACGAACAGAUUGUUGAGCAUCGGGCCUGUGAGCUGGCCGGUCUCGCGUCUCUGCCACAGGGAUUCACAAAGCACCUCGGAGAGAGGCGACAGCAAAGAUGGUUUCAGUUUGAGGGCCCUCACCCAGGCUCCCACGCCAGCUCUUUACCUCGGUUUCUCUGGGCUCAUCCCUUUCCUGUCUGUUCCUGUCCUGAUGGCUGCCACACAGUCCUUCUACCCUGAACUGGCAUAUGCUCAAGUGGUUUAUGGAGCCUCUGUCGUCUCCUUCCUGGGAGGUGCCCGCUGGGGGUUUGCCAUCCCUGCCGGUAGUCCUGCUCAGCCUGACUGGAUGAACUUGGGCAACAGUGUGGUGCCGUCCCUUCUGGCUUGGCUGGCACUGCUCUGCAGGGACAAUAUUGCAGAGGGAGCCCUGGUAGUUAUUAUGGGACUGGGUCUCUCUCUGCACUUUGACCUGACCCUGCUGCCUGGCUACCCUUCCUGGUUCAAAGCCAUGCGAACUCUCCUCACUCUGGUCGCCACCUUCUCACUAGUGGCUACCCUGACAAUGAAAAAACUCUGCACUGAGAAGAACUUUAAAGACUUUCAGAACUAAUAACAGUGGACACUGUGAAAUUUAAUGCAGCUAAGCAGAUAUUCUGGUUUGUUCAUUCAGCACAACGCAGUCAUUUUGAUACCUCUAAUAUUUUUUAUAUACUUUGGGACAAAUGUGACAUGUAUAGAUGUAGUAUAUCAUUUAGAAACCGAAUAAGGACAGUAGCAAAAUAGGCACAUACUUUUCCAGUUAGUUUAAAAUGUAGAACAAGACAGACUUUGAAAUGAAACAUUUAUCAGAAAAUAUUUGCAAAAUCAUUCUUUGCUGAAAAGAGACUUGACACAAAAAACCCUUAUUGAAAUGUGUUUGAAUGACAAUUUUUCAUUUGCAGCUUGGUCAAUAAACAUUGGACUAUU